GGCCCGUCAGUCAAGUGCCCCGCGCCGUCCCUUCUCUGGGCACGAACGCUGCCGCGGGAGCUUCCCUAGGGCGCCAUCUCCGUCGUUGCGAUUACUUCCUGCGUAGGCAAGGCCGCUCUAUGUGCUUCUCUGCGAUAUCUAUCGUCCGUGCUGCAGCUGUUCUAGGCCGCGGGAGCUGCCUCUGUGGCCCGCGGGGCUGUCAGGGUCGGCUGGCGGGGCGGUUCGCGGUGGCAGGGGCCGAGGGAGCCGGCCGGGCGGAGGAGGCCUCGUCCGCGCGGGCUGUCGCCGCGCAGAGCCCCCUUCGCCCUUGGCGCCCUCGCGGUCCGGCAGCGCCUGCCCCUCGGUGCCGCGGUCUGGCCCCGGCGGCGGCGCAGAAAGUUUUUUGUGAAGACAUGGCCUCCAGCAUUGGGAAUGAAAAGAGUGUGAAUCCUGUGCUCAGAAUAAGUCAGCUUGAUGCUCUGGAACUAAACAAAGCCCUGGAGCAACUAGUAUGGUCCCAAUUUACCAGCUGUUUCCAUGGAUUUAAACCAGGGAUGUUGGCUCAUUUUGAACCAGAAGUAAAGGCAUUUUUAUGGCUUUUAUUGUGGAGAUUCACUAUCUAUUCCAAGAAUGCAACUGUUGGACAGGCUAUUCUGAAUAUUCAGUACAAGAAUAAUUUAUCUCAGACAGAGAAAUACCAACCCCUGAGCAAACACCAGAAGUUAUGGUAUCUUAUUUUCACUGUUGGCGGACGAUGGUUGGAAGAAAGAUGUUAUGAUUUAUUCAGCAAUCGUCAGCUGGAAUCUUUCUGCAGAAUUAAACAUUGUAUUAACUUUGGAGCUGGACUUCUUAAACUUUGUGGACUACUAAAUUUUCUGAUUUUUCUUCAGAAAGGAACAUUUGCAACCCUUACAGAACGUAUUCUAGGAAUUAGAUCAGUUUUUUCCAAGCCUCAAAGUGCUCGUGAGAUAGGUUUCGAAUACAUGAACAGGGAACUCUUAUGGCAUGGCUUUGCUGAGUUUCUGAUCUAUCUACUACCACUUGUUAAUGUACAGAAACUGAAACUCAAAAUUUCUUCUUGGUCUUUACCUAUUGCAAGUCUUUCCAAUAGUGAAAACACAUUAGCAGCUCACUGCAAGGAGUGUUCACUAUGUGGCGAGUGGCCUACCCUGCCUCAUACCAUUGGCUGCUCACAUGUUUUUUGUUACUAUUGUAUUAAAAGCAACUUUUUGUUUGACAUGUAUUUUACUUGUCCUAAGUGUGGCUCAGAGGUACACAGUGUUCAGCCACUGAAAUAUAGAAUAGAAAUGACAGAAUUGCAUACCUGAUAGAGGACUUAAUUUGCUUUUAUACUGUACAUGAAAUACUAUAUUACAGAGAUGACAGGAAAAAAUCAGAAAUUACUGUAAAUAGCCUGAAAGAUGGUUUUGGAAAUUCUGUGAUUUGUUGUAACAUAUCAUGUCUUUACUGGUAUUAUUUUUUUAUGAAGUAACCGUGCCAGCUUGCCUCUCUGAAGAAAGCAAAAGAAAAGAGGUCACCAGGUCUUCUGCUCUCUGACUACUUAAUCCGUGUGUGGUGCACCUAUGUUGUUGAGCCUUUCUUUCUUAGAUACAGAGCCUAGCAGCCUACCACUUCCUGGCUGCAUGCGAUACACUUCCCUCAAGGUUAGAGGAGAACGUGCCCAAGGAACCUUUACCCAUUUUGUGAUUUUUCUCAACCUUAUUGUACAAACACAGUACUAAAUUAGCUAAUAGGUGGAUUUAGUGGGGAAGGUGCAUUUUUUUAGCCAUGUCUAAAGAAUAAUUUUCAAUUUGAAUAGUUUUCCAAAUGUGAUGUUCCAUUGGAAAAAAAGGAGGCAAAUCAAGUGUCAUCUCAGUAGAUUAUUAAUGGUUUUCAUCAAAUUCAGCCACCAUAAUUAAGAGACCAUAAACUCUAAGUGAUCCAUCUGGAAGACAGACAGAUUCCUAAUAGAUAAAUUAUAAUAAGAGAGAUAGUCAUUGCCUGCUCAAAUAGGAAGCACCUUCUAGAUCUCACCCAGCUGUAUGCCUGUGAUCUUUGGUGGGGCAUAUGACUACCUCCCACUUCUUCCUUAUAAAGCGGAAGGACCCAGUCUGUCAUCCAUUGGAAUGUGGCAGCUACAUGAUGCAACCUGCAUUAUUCUAAAUCAGAGGUUGUGGAUAAAACUGUUUACUCACAAGAUGCUGUAAUGGGGAUUUGCCACACUUCUUUUUGUGGUGUGGUCAAGCUGGGUGCCAAACCACACUAGCAGCUCACUACCACGUAGAAAACAGAUCAAACGUAGAUAUGUGCAUGUAGAUGUGUUUAUUUUUUUUAAAGUAACUCUUCUUGAUUGAGAUUAUUGCUAUUUGUUUUGUUUGUUGGCUUUGCAGUGGUUUUAUUAUUCCUAGUUUUAAUACUUUAUCCAUUUAUUCUCUGACCUGGUUUUAUAAGUGAGUUUGAGUUGUAUUUGUUUGUUUCUUUCUUUCUUCACCCAAAUUGUAGUCCUUUUUUACAGGAAAUGCUACCCAGCAGUCUCAUUAAAACAAAAAUACAUUUCAUCCUUUUUUGGUUCUUCAAACAAAUUCUUAAAAUCUUAUGUAAUACAGUUAAAUUGAAUAAAUCACUUUAUGAUGA